GAGAUGAAAGUGGAGCGUGAAAAGUGAAAACACGCGACAUACACUUUCCUACUUAUUCACGCGCCGAAAAAUUCCAUGCUGUAAAAAAUAGAAAAGAAAUCUGAUUCAGUUUAUGCAUUUGGAACCCUAAUAAAACUCAAACACAAAAGUACAAAUUAUUUAUAUCACUAUGAGAUCGAAAAGUGUAGGCUAUAAAUUUUCAAUUGCGUAUAUAUAUAGUUAUUAUAUAUAAUCACGCCGGCCCGCCCGCCCGCACACAAAUCGAAUAAAAGUGAAAAGGUUUGUGCGUUGAAUUGGGCAUUAAUCAGAUCUGACUUGCAAAGUUAUAUUUUGGGCCUAGCAUACUGAAGAAUGGCUGAUGAAAUAUCAAGCUUUUGGGGUCCCGUUACAUCAACACACGAGUGGUGUGAGCCAAAUUAUGUCUACUCUUCCUAUAUUGCCGAAUUUUUCAACACGAUCUCGAAUGUCCCCAGCAUUAUUUUAGCACUCAUUGGUCUUGUGGUUUCGUUGAGCCAACGUUUUGAGAAAAGAUUUAGCAUCCUUCACAUAUCUAACAUGGCACUUGCUAUUGGCAGCAUGCUAUAUCACUCCUCAUUGCAGCAGCUGCAACAGCAAGGUGAUGAAACACCUAUGGUGUGGGAAAUGCUCCUCUAUAUCUACAUCCUGUACUCGCCAGACUGGCACUAUCGAAGUACAAUGCCCACCUUUUUGUUCCUCUAUGGUGCGGCAUUUGCUAUUGCACACUCACAGCUCCGCUUUGAUAUUGGUUUUAAGGUGCAUUACGUUGUGCUUUGUCUUCUUUGCAUUCCUCGGGCAUACAAAUAUUACAUUCAAACAGAAGAUAAAUCGGCUAAGUGGCUUGCAAAGUUGUACGUGAUCACUCUACUAGUUGGGAGUCUCGGUUGUUUAAUUGACCGCUUCUUCUGCAACCACAUCUCGCUCUGGUAUGUCAAUCCACAGGGUCAUGCACUGUGGCAUGUCUUGAUGGGUUUUAACUCAUACUUCGCAAAUACAUUCCUGAUGUACUGCCGAGCUCAACAACGAGGAUGGAACCCAAGAGUUAAGCACAUGUUGGGUUAUUUCCCUUAUGUGAAGAUUCAAAAACCAAAAGCCCAGUAGAAGUCAAUGUUUGAUAGCAUUCAGCCUCACAAGGAAGCAGGUAAAUUUCUUGCGUUGUUUGGUAAAUGUGAGUGAUCACAUUCUUUUUGUUUUUGUUUUCUGUGUUUCAUUCGCAGUCAGUGUAAAUGAUUACUGGGAAUAUUUUGAUAGGUUAAGUAGUAGCAGUAGUUGAAUUUUGACUGUUCCCCGUUGUAUCAUAUUUAUUUUUAUACUUCAAUAGGUGAUUACAUGAACUCAGUAAUUGUUGAAUUAAACUAUCUUUGAUUAUCUUAAAAAAUGUUUUUACACGGAUCA